AACCACGGAGAUUCUCGUAUCGAUGUUAUCAUUGUCAAGACUGUAAAUGAUGAAGAGGAGACAUUAAGGAGAAGGAACUAUGGAAUAAACUAAAUUAAUGAGUUAAUUAUUGUACAGUGGAAAAAAAGACAACGUGACAAUUAUUGGAUACAUUUUAUUUACAUCCCUUGUGAAUGACAAGCUUGUUGACUGACUACAUGGUAAAACUGAAGACAACAACAAAGACAACAACAAGAACAGAUAACCCGGCAGUGGUAAAUAUAGAGCAUAUUGAUGACAACAUUGUAGUAGCUAUAAAUUUACAUAUUGUUUAGACCAGCUGCUUUUAAAAUUUAAAACAAUAUGGAAGAACUUAGGAAAUAAAUAACAGAAUCUCAAAUAAACCAAAGUUAGGAAUCCAUGUGUAAGUAAUAGACGUAAUACGACGGGAGCAACAGUGGCUCGUUGAGUAGGAGGUUGGCUCACUAACCUGGAGUCACGUGUUCGAUCCCUACGUUGGUCGAGAUUGUUCGGCGUGCCCCCCCCCCCCUUGACAGUGGUGUAGUACAGAGAGCUUAGCAAGGGAUAACGUAUAGUCCUUCGGAUGGGACAAAAAACCGAGGUUUCGUGUACACAUUGACGUGCACGUAAAAGAACCCUUGACAGUUGGAAUUCGAUAUAAAAGUAGGCCGUAGCACCUCAGUCCGAACAAAUUGCCCCUCAUAGCACACUGCAUGGCGUAUGCCCGUCUUCAUUAUCCCAGUCGGAGCAGAACAGCAGAAUGUUAAACCCCAUUUGAUUUACGUAAUGCGCAACUGUGCAAUUAUCUUCCACAAUAAAACAAUCUACGACUUAAAAACGUCUAGAUCUGUGGUUCUGAAAACAGCCAUACGAAACACACAUACAUUAUCCUUCCUGCACAAUUCGUGGAUCAAUGCGCGUACGGCUAGACUGUUCACAUGUGCUGGUCAAAGUGUUUAUCGUCCGCCUGGUUACGCCGUAUUAGUGGUUACUGCAAUAGGAAGCGUUGAAUACGCUAGUCACAUGACACUACCCAAUGACGCACAGAACAAUACGCCCAUAUGGAAUCACUCCUAGUCCAUAUGGAAUCUAAUAUUAACCGCUAGGAAUACGAAAGGAUUGCACUUUUCCCCCGUUUCAAUACUUCGUCCCUAUACAAAAUUCUAUAAAUAUGGAUAUCAAAAGAACCAGCAGGGACUAUUUAAGGCUUUAGGGGUCAUGCCAAGGCCAAGAAGCUAUUGAACCAGCGCAAUCACCCUAACCCAUGAACUAGUUAGCAUUUGCCAGGAAUAGUGAGUAUGGGAUGAAAAUUGUGUGUACUGAAAUUGUAAGACAAGUUUCUAUGUAUACGCUAAACAUGUAUGGUGUGUUCCAGUACGUAACUAUACUAUUAACUUUACGACCCCCCACCCCCCACAAUCUCCAGCCUCGAAAUGUCGAAACCUAAUCAAUUUUGCAGGAAUUAGUGUUUCAUACUAACGUAACAGCCGAUUGCGUGAUACGCAUUACGCACAAACUACGUAGACAUGGAUUCCUAUCUUAGUAGGGUAUAAAACAUAAACAUUACCAGUUUCAAAUUAAGGAAAUCUGUGGCAAAAAGGUGCGCGUGUAUUUCUGAGGUUAGAAUCGCUGACUGACAAAUGGAAUGUCCAGUGUUCCACUUCAGGUACGAAUCGAAAACAGUCUACGAGAUGUUUAUAGUUGGGUAACUUCUAGUUAGCACCCCCUCGCAUUACUGUAUCUUAGUCUUAAAAUAUCUGCAGUAUUAGAUUGAAACGACGUUCCCCCGCCCCCCUAUUUAAUUUCAGCCAUUCACAUUCAUCGAAAUCGUAUUCAAGUUGACAUUAUUCCAAUGCGCCUAUCUCAUUCGCAAUAUCGACGUGCAUUCACUGAAUUCAAUCGCAUUACGGGAAAAUGAAGACUUCCGAAUGUGCUUCUAUGUGACGAAUUUAUGUUUCUGUUUCGAUAAUCAGUUACGUUUUUACUAUGUUUUAUUGUCCAUGUGCUAACAGUCCUUUAUUUACAGAAAAAUAACUAAAAAGAUUUUAACAAAUGGUUUGUACAAAUUACGGUAGUGCAUGAGGUCAGAUGUGAAAGGUGAAAGGUUAUAGCUGUGGAGGUCAACCUUGGGUGAUCGUGCUCAUAACGUGCACGUUUAACUGCAUUAGACUGAGGUUAGUAUUGUUCAAUUUUAGUUAAUUGUUUUUUUGUUUUUUUUGCAAUACGUAUUACUUUAACCCACAUGUUUUCAGAUCAUAUCAUACCGGGUGACACAAAAAAAGCGUUCAUCGCCUAAACUUGGUCGACGAAGAGGGGUCGUGAGGGACCUCAAGUGGUUCCAGCAGGAUGGUGCCACCCCCACACCUCAAACGAAUCAUUGGCAUGGCUACAGCAGCGUUUUCCUGACCGACAGAUCAGCCGCAGGUGUGACCUGCAGGGUUGAACGCCCCAGAUUUUUAUCUGUGGGGAUACCUAAAGGACAGGGUGUAUGGCAACAACCCCCAGACUAUCCCUGAUCUGAAGGCAGCAAUCACAGCAGCAAUAAAAGCGAUCCCAAGGGAAGAAUGUGGGAGGGUCAUCGAAAACUUUGCCCGCCGGAUCCAAAUGUGCUUGCAGCACCGGGGAGCUCAUUUAGAGCACAUUUUUUGAGCGCGAGUUAAACAAAGAGUUUUUGUGGUACAGACUUGAAACUUUGGAGAUGUCUGCUACAUAGACUUAACCUAAUGUAGCUGAAUUUUUGUGUUAAUGUAAAUAAAAUUUUGGAAGUUAUUCGAUUUUUAUUGAUGAACGUUUUUUUUGUGUCACCCUGUACUUAAUUGGCUGCUUCGCAUGAGUUGUCACCACCUCCGUUGUUUCGGGAAGAUCUUCUGGCAUCAUGGAACAAGUAUCUAAUAAUAUUACCAAUCAAACAACACAUAAUUAGUCUUUAUUUUUCAAAUGAAUUUUUUUUUAAUUAAGCGCAGGAACAAUUGGAAAUAUGAGAUGGAUAUUAGACAUUCUGUGUAUGUCAUUUAUUAGAAUAACCAGUAAAAUAUUUCAAGUUAUAAUUUAGAUUUUAAAUCAUUAUCCUCCGCAUUAUCAUUACAUAUAUAAAUGAUUAUCUGCAUUGUCAGAAUACCCCCAACCCCCACCCCACUUCUCCCUUUUAGCGUAGUAUUAAUCAUUAUCUUCCGCGUUUUCAUUACAGAUAUAAAUUAUCAUCUCCAUUGUCAGAGUUACCUCCCUUUCGCUGUAAGCACUGUGAUGACGUAAUUGUUUUCUGUAUACAGAAAUAGGUUCAAUACCACUAUAGUUACUUCCCCUUGAUACGCAACUCGACUACUGGAGAAAGACAAAUUCAGUCACCACAUUAAUCUCUGAUGUUGAAUAUAAAGGCCAAACCAGUCGUCUGCUGUUGCUGAUAAUUCUGAUUGUUGAAGAUUUUGGUGGAAUUUCUACAAAUUCGGUUUCAAUGGUUCCCUAAUUGUUGCAGUUAUAUUAUUUUCAAUUAACGAAUGAGUCUUUAUUGGUGAAGACAAAAUAUUUCAAGAUGCUGCGAUGGCUAAAGGACCGUAAGAAAGGGAAGAAGGGUGAUGGUGUGAAGGAUGAGUAUGGUUUUAAAGGCGGCAAGAAUGGUGGAGAUUAUGGUUUUGAUGAUAAAGUUUAUCAUAUCUACGAGGAGAUCCCUGAUCUUCCAGAUCUAGAACAAUCUAUCGGCCCGUAUAUGGUUGUUCCGCUUGACCUUGGUGACAAGAAGGUCAAAUCUAAACGUGUUUCGUUUCAAGACGUAAAGGAAGUAUCGGUAGAUUCUGGAAUCUGCCAUAGAGAAUUUAAUCCAUUUGAUUUGGUUAACUCUACCAACUCCCCUUCUCAGAAGCAAUUCCCCAGAAACAUACGAACUGUGCCGGUCAUGGGAAUCGGACAAAAAACUUCCAAGAAGUCGGACAUUACUUGUGCUCUUGUUCAUCGUAAUAAUUCGAACGCACCAGCGUUGCCGGCUAGAAAUAGUAUCAAGAAAUCAUCCCUUAGUGCUAAAUCGGUUGAAAAUGUGACCGAAUCUAAACUUAAGAGCAGACAACUCCUCGAAAACAUACUCAGUGAUUUGUCAAAAAGUUCAGACGAUAUUUUCAGUGAUCAUGAUUCAUCAUCAGACGCAAAGUUGAGUAGUUCGUCAUCGAAUUCUGUGGAUGAUAUAUUAUGUGAAAAACGAAGGAAUAAUACGUCUAUGGAUAGUAAUGACACUGGCUGUGAAUAUGACAUGGGUUCGUCUGGGGAUAACAGUAGCCAGGAUAGUUAUGAAUACUAUUUACAUCAAGUCGAACAAAACUUUAUUUUAAAAUGCCGAGUGAACGAAAUAGCGAACGAUAAAACAGCUACGAGUGUACAGCGGAGAGAUACGAACUAUGACGAAGAAUCCGAUUCGGAUUCUCUUACCACUAUAUCGACUCUAUCCCAAGCUACGGUAUAUCCUGGUAAAGCUCGUCGAACUCCGGAAUGUGAUUCGGAUGAAGGUACAAUGGCGGACUUGUCGGAAUCUGAAAAUAGUAGUGGAUAUUAUGAAUCUUGUUCGUUAGACAAAAAAGACCAGAAGCCCGUUAUUCGAUUAACCAGUGCAAUUUUACAAAAUUCUUCGCAACGAUCUCGAUCCCAUAAACACAAGACUAGUAAACCUAGAGACAAAAAAUCGUCGACCUUGUCCGCGAGUGAAAAAACGACGUCAAAACCUAAAACGAACAUUUUAGAAGAAAUUUGUGAGAAGUACGAAACAAUGAGUGAAAGUAGUUCGAAUGAUAUUUAUUCGCGUAAUUCCUGUAGUGAAGUUUACUCCCCUCCUCCUAUGAGGUCAGAAAAUCAAACUGUUCGUAAAGCGCCUAGCUGUUCGGGUCGUGUUGGUGACGUAGGCCCGAGAUACCAGUCUGUUGGUAAUAAUAACAACAAUCGACUUUUAUCUGAUCUCAUAAUGAUGAAUUAUAACAAACAAAUAUUUCACCAUUGAUGUCAUUAUGAUCUGACAUCACGUGACACGUGAUGUCACUAUAUAUUGAUAUUUUCUUCCUUGUUUAAAUGUGAUUAAUUUAAAUUAAAAUACAAAUAUAAUUUAUGUGAAACGGACUAUAAAGAUACUAAUAAGGUCUUUGUGAUGCCAUAUUUGGAGUUAUGAAGGUUAUAAUUGGUUAAUAACAUGAUGAUUAUAAUGGUAGUGCUAUAUUAAGAAAGCAAUGAUUAACUCCACUCACUUCCGGCAUUUAAAUGUUACAGUUUUUGAACAUUAAUACCUCAUUAUUUGUGUAAACAAAGAAUUUGAUUUCGUAUUUUUGUGCAUGUGUGUUUGUUACUUCCAUGCAUGCUGUUGUAUUUUAAUUUUUGAGGUAUUCUUUUUUUUUUAAUUAUUUUAUUCUAUGUGAAAAAAUAAUCGCAACAAGCCUAUUCAUUCAUUAUUUAUCACUGUUAUCAAAAUUGCAUAUAAAAUCUCUUUAUUAACAUGUAUCAUAUGUAAACAAUGGUUUGUGGUUUCUCUCUACAGUUAAACUACUAAUUAAAUGGUGCUAUUUUUCUUUUAGAAAACCACCAAUAUGGCUCUAUGCAUUAAGAGUUGUACUGGGAUUUCUUUAUAACGCAAACUGUUUAUGACUUUUACAAAUCAUACAAUAUUGAUAAAUCGAAGCGCCAUUUUGAAUAUCACGUGAUAUGUACUUAACGUGUCUAUCAGCCACAAGAAAGUUAAAGUUGCAAUAUUUAUAAACUGAGUGUAAUUUAUGUAAAUAAUAUUUACUCCAAUCAUCUUCUCAUUCUUUACUCAUUAAAACCUAUUUAAAUAAAA